AUGGCUCCUUCUGCUUUCAUAGACCACUCUCCUCACCAACCAACCCCGGUCGAGAAACUGUCCACCGCAAGCAACCUCGUGCUGAUUGACAAUUAUGACUCCUUUACCUGGAAUGUGUACCAGUAUCUCGUCCUCGAGGGCGCCACAGUUACAGUCUACCGCAACGACAAAGUCACUCUCGAAGAAUUAAUAGCGAAGAAGCCAACUCAACUGGUCGUCAGCCCCGGCCCGGGUCACCCAGACACAGACGCUGGCAUAAGCAAGGAUGCGAUCAAGUACUUUGCGGGCAAGAUACCUAUAUUGGGGGUGUGCAUGGGUCAGCAGUGCAUCAUCUCGGUCUUCGGUGGUGGAGUUGAUGUUACUGGCGAGAUACUACACGGGAAGACCUCGCCACUGAGACACGAUGGGAAGGGCUGCUAUACCACACUUGCACAAGACUUGCCCGUCACAAGAUACCAUUCUCUGGCAGGGACACACCCAACGUUACCUCAAUCAUUAGAGAUAUCUUCCUGGAUAGCAAAGGGGCCCGAUGGCGGCAAGGGCGUCAUCAUGGGUGUGCGGCAUAAAGAAUAUGUGGUCGAGGGCGUUCAGUUUCACCCUGAGAGUAUUCUGACCGAGAACGGCCGAGUCAUGUUCAAGAAUUUUCUUAGAAUGAAGGGCGGCAAGUGGUCUGAAAACCCCGAAUAUGCUGCGCCGGAAAAGCAUGUCAACGGUGCCAACGGCCAGGCAUCCAAGAAGGAAUCCAUCCUAGAGAAGAUUUACGCUCAUCGUCGGCAGGCGGUAGCUGCACAGAAGCUCAUACCUUCGCAGAGACCUGAGGAUCUGCAGGACGCCUAUGAUCUCGGCCUUGCUCCUCCACAGAUCUCCUUCCCCAGGCGCCUUCGUCAGUCCGCGUACCCAAUCGCCCUUCUGGCGGAGAUCAAACGAGCUUCCCCGUCCAAGGGCAUCAUUUCUCUUGGAACAUGCGCACCAGCUCAAGCUCAACAGUAUGCCACAGCUGGUGCCAGCGUCAUCUCUGUUCUAACAGAACCCGAGUGGUUCAAGGGCAGUCUGGAAGACAUGCGGCUUGUUCGCCAGGCCCUCGACAGUAUGCCUAACAGACCUGCCGUACUCAGGAAGGAAUUCAUCUUCGACGAAUAUCAGAUCCUCGAAGCGCGCUUGGCGGGUGCUGAUACAGUGUUGCUGAUUGUAAAGAUGCUCGACGUGGAGACUUUGACGAGGCUGUAUAACUAUUCUAGGUCACUGGGCAUGGAGCCGUUGGUCGAGGUCAACACCGCUGAAGAAAUGAAAGUCGCCGUCGAGCUCGGUGCCGAGGUCAUCGGCGUGAACAACCGGAACCUGACGAACUUUGAAGUCGAUCUGGGCACAACAAGCCGGUUGAUGGACCAGGUUCCGGAGCCGACUAUAGUUUGUGCUCUGAGCGGGAUAUUCGGGCCUCAAGAUGUCCAGGCCUACCGAAAAGAUGGUGUCAAAGCAGUGCUCGUUGGAGAAGCACUCAUGCGAGCACAGAGUACAGUGGAGUUUAUAUCGAAGUUGGUGGGUGAUCCGGAUGUUCCUCCCAGGACGAGGCCGCAGCAGCAGCUAUCAGUCAAGAUCUGUGGCACGCGGACGCCUGAAGGCGCCAAAGCAGCCGUAGAGGCUGGAGCAGAGCAGAUUGGCAUUAUCCUUGUGCCGGGCCGCAGACGAUACAUUACAGACGAUGCAGCCCUACAGAUAUCACAGGUUGUCAAGAACACGCCGCGACCCUCGCCUAUCCCCUAUCCAUCAGACGCCGACGAUGACCUAGGCAGCACGGACUAUUUCACACACUCUUCCUCUCGCCUUCUACGCCGACCUGAUCGCGCACAACUAGUUGGAGUGUUUGCUGACGCCCCAUUAUCGCACAUAAUCAAGCAAGUACACAAACUCAACUUGGAUAUCGUCCAACUGCACGGCUCGGAGCCGCUGGAGUAUGCAAGGCAAAUUCCCGUUCCCGUCAUAAAGGCGUUCAAACCUGAAGACAUGGGAAUCAAUGCCAAAGGCUACCACGCCAUACCGCUGCUCGACGCCGGCAAGGGGGGGUCCGGGCAGCAAGUUGACAUGGAGAAUGUCAGAAGUCUCUUCAGAAAAGACAAGAAUCUCAAGGUCAUUCUUGCUGGUGGGUUGACCCCAGACAAUGUUCAAAAGGUCUUAGCGGAAAUGGGCAGGGAAUACUUGGGAACAAAUAUCGUGGGUGUGGACGUUUCCUCAGGAGUGGAAGUGGAUGGGAAGCAAAGUGUGGAUAUGAUACGAGCUUUCGUGAAGGCCGUCAAGGGUUGA